AUCUUUACAUUUACUAUCCCUACAGACGCCAUUACCGAACAAGCGCAGAUCUCGAAAUCCUUUGUCGAUUAAUCCUUAAUUUCUCAUGGAAGAAGCUGAGAACCCUUCCGGGAGAUUCAUUGCUCUGUUUCAUGCAGUGAUAUUAUUAUACUCCACUUCCUGCCUAUCAAGAAGAAGCGACGGCGCUGCAAACUAAAAAAAUAUGAAGAUUACUGUUUGAAGCUUGAGCGCAGGUGAGGAUCGAAGGGAAGAGGGGGACGUGUGAUGCCAGUGCCACUCGGGAACAUUUUUACACUUUCACACUUUCAGAUGAGAAAAAGCAAUCAAGAUGGGGGAUGGAAUGCUAUCAUUAUACUGGAACAACCACAAGGCCACUUUCUGCCACAUUCUGGCAACUCUCAGGGAGAAGGAACGGUACACUGAUGCAACGCUAGCUUGUGAUGGAAAGUUUUACCCUGUACAUAAGUUGGUGCUAUCAACAUGUAGUGAAUAUUUUGAAAAUAUGUUUGAACACACACCAUGUAAACACCCAAUAAUAGUGUUGAAAGAUGUGAAGCCUGAUGAACUAGAGGCGCUGCUUAGUUAUAUGUAUGCUGGUGUAGUUAGUGUUGCUCAGAAUGACCUUGCAAGACUUAUCAAGGCAGCUGAGAUGCUGCAGAUCAAAGGUUUAGCUGUACCUGAUGAACCCCCACCUAGUGAAGAAUCAAGAAAACAAGCACCUGCAAGGAGUACUAGAGAAGAACGAGUAAGCCCGCAGCCAAAGAGACGAAGAAGGGAGGAAAAUGGAACCCCAUCACAUGGAGGCUCACAGCCUUCAAGUAGUCCACCUUCAUCACCUAGAGCCUCACCUUACCUACCUGAGAUUGAACAGCCUCGGGCACGGUCCAGAGCACACAGUGAUGGCCACAGGUUAGAGCAGCGGACAGAACAAGGUGAUCUCACUCCACAUGAGUCGCCUGCAUCUGAUGUCAAGCAAAUUAUGGUUGAUGAAUCUCUAGUCAAAGAAGAAAUGGUGGAAACACUAGACAGUAGUCAGUCAGAAGGAAUGGACACAGGAAUGCAAUAUGGCCAUGUAGGAAGUGAUACUGGAAUGGAUGGAGCUGGUAGCCAAGAUGAUCAUUCGAGCCACAUGAUAGCUAAUAAGUACGACCAACCAGUUCUCCCUGGACAGACACAACCUCUUGCUGAUGCAGUUGCAGAGGCACUUGCUGGUCCAUCGGGAAUGCAAGGGUGGCUUGGUAGUAGUGACAUGUCUGGAGGCUUCUCAUCAGAAAACUAUGGUGGAGAAAGUAGCCAAGAUGUUCACCAAAGUCAACAAAGUGGUCCCCAUGCACAACCACGGGUGGGGCUGGAGAUUGACUGUCAGUGGACUGGAGAAAGAGGAGCUGCAGUGUCCAGGAAGGUCCACACCACUUCGGGCAAGAUUCAUCAAUGUUCCUACUGUCCCUACAGUACUUCAGUCACAACCAAUCUCAUAAACCACAUGCGUGUCCAUACAGGGGAGAAGCCCUUUUCAUGCCCUCACUGCCCCUAUCGUGCCAAUCAAAGAACAAAUUUGAAGACACAUAUCCGUAAACAUACUGGAGAAAAGCCAUAUGUUUGUUCCCAGUGCCCAUAUCGUUCUGCAAACAAAGGGAGUUUGGAUGUUCAUAUUUUAACUAACCAUACUGCUAAAAAUUUUGGGAAAUCUUGAAUGAUUUUAUUUACUAAAGAUCUUUUCUUUAUGUGAAAGAUGUUAUUAUAUGUACUUAUCAAGACACUUACGUAUUACUUUAGUAAACAAAGUUUUCUUACAAUGUAGGUGAACAGAAGAGAAAUUACUUUUUUAUGAUCAUAAAAGAGGAAGAAGAUUUAGCAAUAUUAUGAGAAUAUUUGCCUACCUAACUGAGAAUAAACAUAACUCCUGCAAUUUUGAUCAUUAUCAUGAAGGAAUUGAUUUAUAAUGGAUGUACUGGCUGAUUUGAAUUAUUAUAGAAAAGAUGUGAAUAUCUUAACAAUACAAGAGAUGUCUUUAACCAGUUUCGAAUAUAUCUAUGGUUAAAUACAGCUCUUGUACAGUGAAGAUAUUCAUUCUCAUUCAUAACUCUUCUGCAUUUGUCAACAAGAAUGCAGUUCAUUUAAAUUAUUGUUAUUAUAAGUGGAUAUACUGCUGUAAUACUUUGGGAUGAAGUGAAACAUUCAUUUAAGUUGUUGUUUUUUUUAUAAUUUUAUUUACUUAAUAAGAUCUUUGAAUCUUGAUGAGGAUUAGUAAAAUAACUUUUCAAGAUUUGUUUUAUGACUUUGCAUAAAAAUGAGCCUAAGAAAAAAACAAUUUGCUUUUGUUGCUCAGAUAUUGAUGUAUUGAAAUGAUAGGAAUUUUCAACACAUAUUACAUAUAUUGGGUGAAUGGGAUAUGUACUGAUAUGUAUGUAGUUGUUUCAGUACUAUUUCUCAUUAACAGAUCAAAGGAUGGAAAUGAAGAUUAUUUGUAGACAUCAUAUUGAAUUUGUCUUGAGGAAUACAUAUUAGCAUUUUGAAUAUGAAGAGAAAAAGAAAAGAUAAGUUUUAUAUUACUUUAUAGACAUGACAGAACCUGCAAGAUUUGUAUGCUCCAGUCUACGUAACACUUUUUGAUAUCGCAGUAAAUGUAAUAGUGGUAUUAGUUGAUUAUAGUUACAAUUGUGAUUAUUGUUAUUUAUGUAAUUUGAUUAUGAUUUUUUGAAAAUUUAUAUGCAACCUAAUUAUGCAUUUUAAAAGAAUGCAAGACAUAGAUAAUACUUUAUGUAUAUUGUUAGGUAGAACUGACAUCUCAUAAUAUGUGCUAAAUAUACUUUUGGCUUUAAAUAUUGUCUUUAUAUUCCCAUACCCUGCUUCAGGAAGAAAUUGACUAUUAGUUUCUAGGAUAACAUAGCAUAUUUUCUAUACAUAUAUAAUUUUUUUUUUUAAUGUGAUAAAAGAAUUUGUUGUAUGAACCCCUCCAUGGCAAGAUAAGGGUGACUGAUACAUUGAUAUAGUUUGUUGUUUUGGGGUAUGUUUAACAUAUUGGAUCUAGAUUUUAACAUGUAUGUGAUAGACAGCUACGAAGAUUUUCUUCAUGGCUUGUGUGGUUUUGACUAUUCUCCAAGGCAUACUUAACACAUUGGCGACGGGUAUAGAAAAUUUAUAAAAACUCUACGCUCUGGUGAACUGCGGCAACGCGCCGACUCUGAGCGCGUGAAU